AUGAGGAAAGAAGACUUCCACAACUGCUGCCUCAGCCUUGGGGGUAGAUCUACUGGUCAAGUACUAGUACCAGACUUCUCUGUAGCUGAAGAUUUACCCCCCAAGAUAAAGCAAAAACAAUGGCCACCCACUCCACCGCCAACAGUUCAAACUCACAAGGUUAUCAACUUGGAGGAGGAGGAGAUUGAGUCUAGCCAAGGGGGGAAGGUAUCCGGGUCCGGCAAGCGUAGUUGGGUCUGGAACCACUUCAAGGAGGACAAAGGAUCCAAGCAAGCAAUCUGUCAGGUUGUUACAAAAAAGGGCAACAUUUGUGGAAAGUCAUUAAAUAAAGAUAAGAGUAGGAGUACAAAGACUUUCCAUGCACAUCUUUUCAGCUUUCAUUGCCUAGUGGAUCCAAAUCUCUCAAAGAAUACAAAAGUGAAUCACAUGGAUCUCAAGAAAUGGGCCAAAUCAGGUACUUUGGAACCCAAGGCAAGCUUCAAUUUUUCAUGA